AUGGCUUCAGGCACCCUCCCACAAGACGUUACCGGCGCCGACUUGUCUGGCGGCACCGGUGCUCGCUUUGCACGUGCUGUCAUCAUUGUAGCAGGCGUAUGCGCUCUUGUCGCGAGUCUGGUUACUUUCGUUGCUGUCUGGUUACAAACGAAGAACUACCGUAAACCGGUGCUACAGCGAUAUGUCGUCCGUAUCUUGCUCAUGGUCCCCAUCUACGCAGGCGCAUCAUGGGCCAGCUUGGUGUCGACAAUUGCAGCGUCCUACGUAGAGCCCUUCAGAGACGUUUACGAGGCCUUCACCAUCUACACCUUCCUCCAGCUGCUUAUCAACUUCAUCGGCGGCGAACGCGCCCUCAUCAUUCUCAUGACCGGCCGCCCGCCCGUAUCCCACCCGUGGCCGCUCAACCUCGUCUGCUCCAAGAUCGACAUAUCCGACCCACACACCUUCCUCGCCAUCAAGCGUGGAAUCUUGCAAUACACGUGGGUCAAGCCCCUCCUGUCUGUGGCGACCAUCAUCAUGAAGGCUACCGGUACAUACCAGGAAGGAUACAUAGGAUGGACUUCUGGCUACUUCUGGAGCGGCAUGAUCUACAACGUCAGCAUCACAAUCAGUUUGUACGCCCUCGCCAUGUUCUGGGUGUGCAUGUCCACCGAUCUCAAGCCUUUCCGGCCCAUGCCCAAGUUCUUGUGCAUCAAGGGCAUCAUCUUCGCCUCUUAUUGGCAAGGAUUCUUCCUUUCUAUCCUUGUCUUCUUGGGAGCCAUUCCAGACGACGUGCCUGGCUACAGCCCCGAUAACUUGGCCGCUGCUAUACAGGAUGCUCUCAUCUGCUUCGAGAUGCCACUUUUUGCACUUGCCCAUUGGUAUGCCUUUUCCUGGCACGACUAUGCCGACGAUACCAUCUCUGCCGCACGGUUACCCGUCAAGUACGCUCUGCGUGACGCAUUUGGCCCUCUGGAUCUCAUCCAAGAUACCAAAGAAACUUUUGCUGGUAAGAACUAUGAAUACCGGUACUUUGAUGCGCGCGACAACGUUUUAGCACACGAGGAGUCAUCAUCGCGUGCUGCACGUAUGGCUGAGGGCAUGCGAUACGAACGAGGAGGAAAGGGCAAGUACUGGAUUCCUAAGCCUGGACAAGGAUCAGAGCAUGAGCCCCUCCUCAGCAAAGUCACAUCGAGCCGCGCCAGAGCCAUGAGCCCCGGGCCACACAAGGCUCUUAAGGGCGAGGGUGCCAAGUAUGGUACACCAGACACGAUCGAAGAGCCCAACCUGGACGCCGAGGAAGAGCGCUUAUAUGAUAACGCUCGUGAACUCGAGUUCGGAGACUGGAACUAUCCCGUCAUCGAAGCUCACCGUCCGUCUCGCGAAGACCGCAUGUACGCCGACCCGAACAUUCUGACCGCAUCGACCAACCGGAACCUGCUGCAACCCACCAAGGAAAACAAACGCCGAAGGAAGAGCCAGAUCCAAGACAUUCAGGACUCUGCAGACAAGGGUAAACAGCGCAGUCAUUCGAGCGAAGGAGAAUCUUCUCGCUCAAAGUCAUCUCAUUCCAAGUCGCGCGCGCCAUUCGCCAACCUUCUCCGCCAAAAGUCGUCCUCCUCAAGUUCAGCCAAAUCUGACAAGAGCCAACUUAGGGAUCUCGUUGUGGAGGAUCAUCAAGCUGAGGAAGUCGAUCGUGUCAGGGCACGCAAGGAAGGUGGUCCGGGAUGGAACGAGGUUCCUUCUAAGCACUUUGUUAAAACGUACGAGGCGGGCGAAGAAGAAGAGGUUCGAGAGGGCUUCAACCCAGAUGAGCCUGAGCCACAGAACCCAGAAGCUGAGCAUAACCUGAACUAUCCGUUCACGGAGAACCAAAGCGAAGAGGAGCAGAGAAAGCAUGAUAUCAAACCGCACAUUGUCAGCGAAGCAAACCACUGGGAAUCGCGCGAUGUCAGCAAUCAGAAAACGCAAGAUGAGGACGAGGACGAUGAUCACCCCAGCCCGUCCUACGGCAGUUUCAGGGAAGAGCGCAACGCCUGGAAUGCCGACUGA